GUUCAGUCUCUCUGCGGAGUGCAGACUGUAAUGACAGUAGUAUCGUUCCUCGAACAGCUGUUGAACCGUGUCGUGAUUUAUUUGUGAAAAAUGUUGUCGACCACGUCGCGUGUCCUACGCCACACGAUCGCUUGGCUGCUCGUGUGUAACGCUGUAAACGGCAAUGUCCAAAAUCGGUUGCAAUGCAAAGACGAGAAUAACGCACCGGUUGACUGGUACGUGCUGUAUAAAUUACCGAAAACCUCGACGAGCAGCAAUCCCUUGAUCAGAGAUGGCUACGCGUAUCUGUACGCAACGAAUGCAACCAUUGGGACCGGUUGGCAUUUGUCCACAAGGUCCAUUGCUGCGAACAAUUCUAUCCCUGGAAUAACGUUAGCGCCUCUCUACGACCAAAAAAAUGAAGACAAAAGCAUGUGGACCUUAUACAACGACAGUCCGCCGGACACGCCGGCCGUCUUCAAGUAUGGCCACACGAAGGGCGUGGUGAUGGUGAACAGCGAGCAAGGUUUCUGGUUGAUCCACAGCGUCCCGAAUUUCCCAGCAGUCCCGGAGGGCGGCGAGGUGACGCGUCCCUCGAAGAGAGUGAACGUAACGAUUCAAGGUAAAUACAAUUACCCGGAAAGUGGGACAUUCUACGGGCAGAGCUUUCUGUGCAUCUCGCUGGGCAGCGAUCAGUUCAACGUUCUCGGCGAGCAGCUGAUGUACAACGAGAUAACGGUGUACGCGAAGAACAUCCCGGAGUCGCUCGGCGCACGGUACCCGAUGCUGACGAACGCGAUCAAUCAGAAGCGCGUCAAGUCGCCCCCGUACAACCGUAAAGCCGUCCUGAGAUCCCUAGGGUCCACCAAUUUCACUUCGUUCGCGAAAGGGAGCAAAUGGCAGAAAGAUCUGUAUGCUGACUUCGUCGCGCCGCAACUGCAAACCGACCUGUACGUGCAGUCCUGGCUGAACGGCCGCGGCAAGCUGCCUUCCACCUGCAGCCGUAGAAAGAUCUACAACGUGAAAUCCUUGAUAUUCGACGCGGCGAACAUCGAUUUCACGAGCAGCCGCGAUCACUCCAAGUGGGCCAUAACCGUGACCAACAGAACGACCACGCACUGGGUCUGCGUCGCCGACAUCAACAGAGCUGACACGCAGUAUUCCCGGGGCGGGGGAGCGGUGUGCUUGAAGCAGCCGUCGUUGUGGAUCGAUUAUCGGAAUGCUAUAAACGACGUAGAGCCCUGCCAUUCCAGGGGACAAAACAAUACCGGAAACGAGAAACGGGCAAGUUCGGCGAAGCAUCUGGUAGCGGAUGCUUGGAAAAACAAGCCGGUCGCCGCCUAAAGGGGAUUAAGAGGAGAAACGCGGGCAACCGGACAGAAAUGGAUUCCUUUAACCCGCUGCGCGGACAAUUUUUCACGGAGCUCGGAUCAUCACUGAUGAAACACAUCGUUUAUGCAAAUUCAAGGUUUCAAGAGCAAAAUCAGAACAAUAAAUUACCAAGGAAAACCGUCUCGACAAAUAUUAUGAGCACUAUACUUUAGCUACUUCAUACAUCCACGAUCAUUCUGCGCGAUUUUACGCUUCCUCUCGGGAACGCAACGAGAUCCGCAGUCUGUUAACAACUGUUUACAUUAUUCUUUGCAUCGGGAUGUACGUGGGAUGCGCCGGGGAAUGCGAGAUUCGCACGGGCCCUGUUCGCCGCGAUAAAAGUUGCCCGGCGAAGAUUACGCGCGACAGGUUUGUUCCAUCGAUACGUAACAUUCCGAGUCGUCGCGGUCGAAGGGUCGCAGAUUUCGGGUGAAACGCCGAGCGUGUACCGGUGUACGGCGAGCGGGUAUGAAAUUUCGCCAGCUGGAAAGACGAGGAGACGACGCCGCGUUGUUCGCAGCGAUAUUUCAGCAUUAAAGGUGGCCUGUUCCGCAUACUAAAAUCCCGUGCACCGUCCAAAUAUACGCGGAAC